AUGCCUGAGUUGGCUAAAUCCGCCCCGGCUCCGAAAAAGGGGUCCAAGAAAGCGGUGACGAAGGCCCAGAAGAAAGAUGGCAAGAAGCGCAAGCGCAGUCGCAAGGAGAGCUACUCUAUCUACGUGUACAAAGUGCUGAAGCAAGUCCACCCGGACACCGGCAUCUCGUCCAAGGCCAUGGGCAUCAUGAACUCAUUUGUCAACGACAUUUUCGAGCGCAUCGCGGGCGAGUCGUCGCGCCUGGCGCAUUACAACAAGCGUUCGACCAUCACCUCCAGGGAGAUUCAGACGGCCGUGCGCCUGCUGCUGCCCGGCGAGCUGGCCAAGCACGCCGUGUCCGAGGGCACCAAGGCCGUCACCAAGUACACCAGCUCCAAGUGA